GCCGCCUCCCCCAUUCCGGCCGAAGUCAAACCAAACCAAAUCCUCGCCUCGCCUCGCCACCAUGGCCGACGGCGCCGGCAGCGGCGGCGGCGGGUCCCGCCUCAGCGCCCUCCCCAGCGACCUGCUCCGUCACAUCAUCACCUACCUCCCCAUCACGGAAGCCGCCCGCGCCGCCACCCUCGGCCGCGCCUGGCGCCACCUCUGGCGCUCCUACCCGCUCGUCCUCAAGGAUGCCGACAUCCCCGAGCGCGCGCGCGACGCCGCAAUCCCCCGAGUCCUCGCCGACCACCCGGGCCACUUCCGCGCCGUCUUCCUCUUCGACUGCAGGCUCGCCUCACUGGACCGUGGGCUCCCCGACUGGCCGCGCCUCCUCGCCGACAAGCGCACGGAGAAACUCGUUCUCGCCUACAGAUGGCUAAUGGACCAGCCCAACCUCGCGCGCCCCCUUCCCGCCGACAUCCUCCGCUGCGAAUCGCUCCAGGAGCUCACGCUGGACUUCUGGACGUUCCCCAGCGGCGCCGAGGUCCUUCUUCCCUAUCUGCGGACUCUCGCCAUGGUAAGGAUUGACAUAAGCGACCAGGAACUGGAGUCCUUGAUCGCUGCCAGCCCCGUUCUGGAGUCCCUUCGGCUCACCCUCAAUAGCCCCAAGCACGUCCGUGUCCGCAGCCAAAGCCUCCUGUGCGCGCUCGUUGGGAUAUCCAGGGUGGAGGAGUUCACCGUGGUGGACACGCCGCUCCUGCAGCGGCUCUACUUGUUCCUGCCGCCUAAUGGUGUGGUGGAGCUCAGGAUCACUUGUGCUCCCAACCUGCGGGUGCUCGGCUACCUGGACACAAGAGCUCACAAGCUGCAGAUUGGUGACAGCGUCAUCGGGUCAGACACAAUGGUGAGCGCAAGCACUGUGGUUCCAAGCGUCAAGAUAUUGGCGUUAACUGUGAAUUUUAGUGUCUUUGGGGAGGUCAAGAUGCUGGCCAGCUUCCUCAGAUGCUUUCCCAAUGUUGACACGCUGCACAUUGAGUCUGCACUGCAUGAUCCAUCUGUAACUGCCGAUGAACCCAGUGGGGAGCAUCAUGCCAAGUUCUGGCAGAAGAUCAGUCCGAUUUGUUGCUUGAGAUCACAUAUCAAGAAGAUGGUUAUUCUUGAUUUCCGAGGGGGUCAAAAUGAAUUUCAGUUCCUCAAGUUCGUUUCCAUGAAUGCCGAUGAGCUGCAGUCCUUACUGCUUGUGCCGCACGAAGGAAUUUUGUCUUCAGCUGACAAGGUGAAUGAGAUAAAAGACGAAUUUCAGUCUCUACAGUUUCCAACAGGCAUCUCUGCAGUGCUACAGGUGUCACCUAAAGCAGGCACUGGUUUGCGCUUGGAGAAAGCAUCCAAUCUUACAAUCGAUGACCCUUUUGAGUGCUGAAUCCAUGGGGAGAGCAUUUUGAAAGAAGCUUGUACUGGAGGUGUAAGGUUAGAUGUCCAAGCUAUUUUGCUCAUGCAGUCUGUGACAAAAUUCAUGAAGUCUACUUUCCAGUUUAUUUGCCCCAUGAUUGUUGGUUAGUUUUGCAACUGAUUAAGUUUUUUGUGGUGUUUCAAACGUUGGCUAGCAAUGCAUAUGUUACGAUUUAAUGUCAUAAUCCGCUGCUGUAUGGAGCACAUCUAUUCUUAUCUUUGAUACUUCAUAAUCACAUAAACGAACUUGCAUUGUUACUGGCAUGUUAGCAUUGUUUUACAUUGUACUACCAUGAGUGUAUGGUGAACCAGUUGAACGCUAUGUAAUUACAGUAAAACGACAAUGCUGCAAGAUCACUCACACUAUUAGGGUGCAUAUUUUCCGAGUA